CACACCUCACAUGCUCGUGAAUGCCUCGCCGCGCUCGAUGCGAUAAUCAGUCGCUGCACAACUGUUUUGCGAGUUUGACACUGAUAUUAUCAACAGAGUAAGAUCACCAAAGUCGUUUGCGACUCGGCAACGCGUCGCUCGUAUCUUCCCGAGCCUCACAACAGCGACCGGCCGCUGGCCGCGAAAGAUCACCACGUGAGAGGGCUAUCAACACGUGAGCUGGAGCGUGAGAAGGGCAAGAGACAUUCACGAGCUCCUCGAGCCUCUCUUCAGGAACUUCUAGGCACGCGUGGUCCUUCCCGAGACACGGCAACACAUAUUCCCCUCGCAUUCCACGCUGCUUCCAUUCGACAGCCCAGUACCACCCCACUUUCCACCAGCGACCACAAUGGCCGCUCUCGCAAGUAAGAGAAAGCGCGACACGAACGACCUGCCACAAGCUCGACCGGGUCCCGGGAUGAAUGCGCACGACUUCGACCAGCCAUACAACCUCAAUGAUGAUGACGGCAUGAACCAGCACGCCAACGACAUGGCCUUUUCGACACUGGCUUCCCACAAUGCCAACGUCGGCGACUCCGGCGACCUACACCAAGAUCAUGGAGAUAUGCACGCGCACCAUAACAUGGGACACCAGCCGGUACAGAGCGCGAGCGACACCGCAGCGGCCGCCAUGGCGCAAUACCACACGAUGACCGUACCCCAAUCAACAGAGCAGUCAUUCUUGAACCAAGCGAACGACCAAGGCGGCGAUAGGCCUCAGAAUCUGGACCAAGGCAACCUUGGUGGUCAGCAGCGAACAUCGAGUUUCGGCGACUUUGACCACAACGUCCCACACGAAUUGGCUCCGGCGCCUCCGAAUGGAGCCGGAUCACCCACUGGAAAGGGCGCAAACAAUGGGCAGGGCAACCCGAAACCCCAAGUCGGGACUGAGGAGUGGCACAAAGUGCGACGGGACAAUCACAAAGAAGUUGAACGCCGACGUCGAGAGACGAUCAAUGAGGGCAUUAACGAGCUCGCCAAGAUCGUUCCAGGCUGCGAGAAGAACAAAGGCUCGAUUCUUGCUCGCGCCGUGCAGUUUAUUACACAGCUCAAAGAGAACGAAACGCAAAACAUCGAGAAGUGGACCCUCGAAAAAUUGCUCACCGAACAAGCUAUUGCCGAGCUUAGCUCCAGCUGUGACAAGCUCAAAGCUGAAUGUCAACGUGCCUGGGCCGAAUGCGAGCAAUGGAAGAAAGCGGCGCAAAGUGCUGGCGUCGGUAUCGACAUUGACGAGAAGGAUGUGAACGACGGCGACGAUGUCUAGCAGACGCGUCUCCUCCGUCAGCAGCAGCAGUAGGCGUUCGGGUAAAGGGUCUUGAUAGGGACUGCCACGAAGUUCUUGGUAACUAUUCUACGCACUAGACCAGACUUUGAGGCGGAGCAACUCAUACGCGCAGAGGAGUUGGGACUUUCUCUUGUUUUGGCGGAACCUGCCAGCACAGACAUGAUCGGCGUUUGGGAAUGACGAACGGAUGAUACUCCAGGGAGCUCGUUUUCUUGCUAGUUAUGGCUUCAUUAUGCCUUUUUGGUAG